AAGUGCCUCCUAGUUGGCUGGGCUGCAACAGGCCACUCUUCACACUGGGCAUCUCUCUCCUUGUCCUGCCUCUUUUAUGAUGGGCAAGCUGAAGACUCUGCUACUGCCAGGGCUGCUCCUAUGGGUCUUCAAGGUAAGCAGCACAACCCAGUGUGAGUCGAAUGAGUUUAAACACGAGAACUUCUGCUGCCAACUCUGCCCUGCUGGCACUCACCUCAUUAAUCCAUGCCACAGGAACCGUGGUGAGAGUGAAUGUGCCCCAUGUCAAGCUCAGCACUUCAUAGAUGUGAACAACAGGGAACCUGUCUGCUCUCGCUGCUCUAAGUGCCGGGAUGACCAAGAAGAAGUGUCCGAGUGCUCCAGUACUGCUGAUCGUAAGUGCUGGUGUAAGCAGGGCACCUACUGUGAUUCUGAAAACUGUUUGGAGAUGUGCCAUGAUUGCAGCAGCUGUCCUGAGGGCAGAGUCAUCCAGGAAUGCAAUGCCACAAUGGACACUGUGUGUGACUCCAAGCAAGGACUGUCAGGCCACUCCCCUGAGCUUUGGGUUAUUUUGGUUUCCAUAGCUGCCGCUAUUGCCACCGUUGCCAUCGCUGCCGCCGGUGUCAUUGCCUUCAUUCGCUACUCCCGUCAUAAAAAAGAUAGAAGAGCCCUAAAUGAUGUCAACGACACCGUCUCAACCUCCACUAUGCUAUAGAGUCCUGGAAGGUAAGCAGAUGGCAUUCCUGAAGCUCACCCGGAUUGAAAGAAGUUGAAAUUCCUGAGGUGCACGGACGGUUAAGGACUCAAUGAACAACGACAGCUCAACACUAUUGUUUCUAAACUUGAGAGAGACCUUUCGGAAACUGUGACAAUUUAGCUGCUAAAGCUCGUGUUUGUCUUGCCCUCAAGACAGAGUCAAAUGUCUUUUGGUACAGGACUAACAUUCCUUUGGAGCCGAUACCCUUCCUUCCGAUGGCACACCCUGUAGACCACAGAUCUGUGGCAUGCCUUUCUCUCCUGUGAAGCUGACAGUUCUCUGUGCAGCUAGAGGGCUUCCCUCCUUGAAGCCUGCCAUGACUGGCCUCAGAGAUAUGAGGCUUUGUGCUGUGAACUUGUAAGCUAGAAUGAGUUUGGGCUUCUGGUUCUCAGAAUGUCUUCUUAGAAGCUGAGGAUGGGAGGACCCAAAAUAUUGUCCUUUGAGCCCACAUCAGGGUGUGACUCAGACAAGGUGCUUUGUUAUACACAUAAGUUCAUAACAAACCCACCCUGGUGGGCCACCCUGAGCAACUGUGGACUUUGGGACACCAGGCAUUGGGAUUAGUGUCUGUGUUUUUAGGUUCUCUAUUCCCCAGGCAUCUUAAGAACUAGCUUUAGUCAAAUAUAGUAAGAAGGUAUAGGUGUGAAUAAGAGUUUCUCAGAAGCUAUGUUUACAUGUUAAUUGAUUAACUUAUUAUUAUUUUUAUUUUGUUCUUGUGUUUCGAGAUAGGGUUUCUCUGUGUAGCCACGGCUGCCCUGGAUCUCCCUUUGUAGACCAGGCUGGCCUGGAACUCACAGAGAUCUGCCUGUUUUUACCUCCUGAGUGCUAGCAUUAAAGGCAUACGCCAUCGCCACCCGGCUGGGAUUGAAGGUGGACACCAGCACCGCUCAGCUAACAGAACCCAGCUUUAUGGAAGGGGCCUUGUGAAGUGUGUCAAUGUGAACACGUCUUAAGUUUUAUUGUACACAAUUGAUCGAGUUGAUUAUCAUCAAAAAACUUUCUCCCAAAAUUGUGCUGUGCUCAAAUAUAGCUAAAGUAUACAGCUGCGGUCAGACUUCAGAAGUUUGGACUAGUGCAGGCGAAGUCGUGUUGAACUGGAUUUCCUUUUCGCCUCUAUUGGAUCAUUACUCUGCCAGCCUUGGUGUUUGCGGAGAUCCCCAAACAUCCUAACAACAGAUAAAAACAACAACAACAACCACAACAACAACACUAUAGAAUUAUUCCGUUGAUAGAACUCUAUUCUCCACCAGUCCAAGUACUGUGAAUGCUGUCAUGCACUUGAAGCUGUAGCUGAUUACCACUGUGCCUUAACUCUUAACUCUUCCUCUCAUGUGCCUUACUUUAUAACGUUUUGUUCUGGUCUAUAAAACUCCAUGGAGCCAUGAAAUUGGGAUAGCUAAACCCGUUUCUAGGGCCACAGUCAUUGAAGUUUGGGACCAGGAUAAAGUAUUUCUAAUUCCCUUUGAAAACUAUUUUCAUCUCUACUUCAGGACUGGGGUCAGUGACAAUGCCCAAGACCUGCUUAUGUGCUUUAAGUUUUUUGAAAUGCUAAUGCUGCCAAGGUAGUGCCUCUGCCCAAAGUUGUACAAUAUCACAGUAUAUGUUUUGGUCAUUUCCUUUUCCUUGACAUAAUGUGAUGGUUAAUUCUUUAAAUUAAAAAAAAAUAUUUUAUUUGA